UUGGACGCUGUUGGAGCCUCAAAGCGCGUUUAAAAGGCGCACCUCGCACGAGAAUCCGAGCACAGCAGCGCGCUGCGACUGAGAGAAAGGAACAUAAGUCAGACUGAACUGUUUCAGCGGACUGUACGCGCCUGCGUAGCUUUUAUGCUAUAUACCUUAUUUUUCCCCGUAAGAGCGCAAGAGUUAAACAAUCUAUAUUUUUCACAUUUUAUCAUCGUGUGCAUCUACUUGCAUUAUAAUUAUUUAGAAGGUAAGAGAGGACAAACUGCGGGUGAGUUUCCGGUAAAAAGGAUGUCUUGUGAAGGAUUUUAUCUUAGAAGAGGGAUCAGAUAAAGAUCACAUUAACAGAUUCUCACAUCUGAGCUAAGGAUCUCUUCAGCUCCUCAAGAGUUACCAUGGACCUCUUGGCUGCUUCUUUGAUUAAUGCUGUCCUUGCCUAGCCUGUGAGUUUAGAUGGACUGUUAUAUUUUGGCACUGGUUCAAACAAAUUUGCUACCACGCAUAGGAAAAAACCUGGAUCCGUCUUUCGUCAGCUUGCAUGCCAUUAUUUACCUCCAUCUGUAAAGCAGCACACAUAUUCAAACGACAGUGAAUCUGGUUAAAGCAGGAGGCUCCAGGCUUGUUUUCAAGCUCCUCAUAAACUUCAUGGGUUGACCCACAAGCACUCCAAUACGCCUCCUCUUCAUCCUCUGCUCUAACCCUUCCCGCUUCCCGCCACCUCCGUCUGUUUACACCACCUCUGACAUGAUGACUUGUUGUGCCUCGGACCUGUCCGGACGUGUAAUCGCAGCGUCACACUCUACAUCUCAGACUUGUGGAUAUAUCAGCCAGUAGAGUGAAAGAUACAGAGAGAGACCGUGGGAGGGACAGGCAGACAGAAGGAGAGGAAGGAGCGCAGCACUGUGUGUUGAGAAGAGGGUCCAUCAGUACCUGCAGCAGAGGGAUCCACCUGCCCCACAGAGGAAGGGGGAACCCCCCUUACCUAAUCCAUCUGGUUGCAAGGGGGGGCCUUGCACAGCCUGGAAGGCAGCAGACACUAUGCAGCUGGGACUGGUGGCGCUGGCAAUGAUCAUUCUCAGCUACAUGGGUCACAGCGAUGUUCUCAAGCUCUCCAAGGCGAGAAGGCAAAGACGGGUUAGCACUGAGGGACCACCAUCCUGCCCCAAAGGCUGUGACCGAUGCUCUGAGUACAAUGGCUGCAUUAAAUGCAAUCCAAAGCUCUUUAUCUUCCUUGAGCGCAACGACAUCCGUCAGAUAGGAGUGUGCCUGCCGUCCUGUCCUGUGGGUUACUUUGGCAUGAGGAAUCCAGAAGGCAACAAUCGAUGCACACAGUGUAAAAUUGAAAAUUGUGAAGCAUGUUUCAGUCGCAACUUUUGCACAAAAUGUAAGGAGGGCUUGUAUUCACACAGUGGCAGAUGUUAUGUCAGCUGCCCUCCAGGCAAGCACACUGCCAAUAACACCAUGGAUUGUGACGGUCAUCAUGCUUCAGAGUGUGAACUGGGAGAGUGGAGCCAGUGGAGUUCCUGCAUGAAGAAGAACAAGACAUGUGGAUUUAAGAAGGGCUCACAAACCCGGGUUCGUUUACCCCUUCCCCAGAUUCACAGUGUGGACACCUCCCCUACUUAUGUGCCCUCACAGACCUGUGCUCCAGAGACAGAAAGGAGGAAGUGUGUUGUGACCAAGACGCCUUGUGCAAGAGAGAGAACGAAUAAGGGCGACAGGCAGGAUGAUACAAACAGGAGGGAAAAUGCACGUGGGAGAGGACGAGAGGGCAAAGGAGAAGGUGGAGGGGCGAAGCGGAGGAAAGGCCAGAGCAGGACCACCACUGCUCCCACAGUCACAACCAGUGCUGUCACCUAAACUCUGAGGCCUGCUGGGUGAGGCCGGAAGAAAAACUGAGAUAGUACCUCACCCAACAGCACCAGAAAACACACAGAGAUGACUGCAGAAGGAAAGAGUUACUGCUGCUAUGCUGCAUUGUAGAAGAUGCAAUGAGAACUGGAGGACUGCUUCGACAAAAAGGUUUUCUGAAGCUUUUUUUAAAAAAAAAUAUCCUGACAGCCUUGCUGGUUUCCAGUUAGACUCACAGUUGGAUAGCGAAGCCACUUUGCAAACUGUGGUUGCAUUUGGUUUGUGUCAUAAACAGACCAUAUUAAACAAUUGGACAGAUCUCUCUUUUCUAAACGCAACAUUAAACAAGAAAGCUUGAUUCUUUAUGGAGAUAAAAUCUUUUAGGCUGAUGAAGUGUGGAAAUUCCAGGUUGACUUUAAUCUCUGUGUUUCAUUUGUUUUUUGCAUUUUGGGGAGGAGGCAGAUGGAGUUCCUCAAAUGUCACAAUGCGUGAUGUGGAGACAAUGAACAGUCACAAGUUGCGGUAUGGUCGGUGGGGAGUUGAAACAAAAACGAAGUCACUGGAAAUGAUUUAUGGCUACUGAGGAUGAAAAGUCUUCGGUGAAUAAAUUUUAGGGCGUCUGGUACAAAAACAAGUUUAGAAUAAUCAAUCGUAAUCUUCAUAUCCUUCUGUGGCUUCUAAAGAAAAAAUGCAAUAUCAUUGCUUUCUGGUUGUUUUAAAUGAAAUAUUUUAUCGGAAAAAAGAAUAUCUGCACAAAAAUUAAUAUUUGCAUGAUACUAAGUAGCAAUUGUGUACAAGUGCAUUUGUGUGUGUUUAAACCUACCUGAAGUAUUCGUGUUUGCGUACUUUAUAUGCAUAUAUGCACGGAUUUAAGUGGUCAACAGAUCUUUGCUGUGUGUACAUGAGUAGUCAAUAUUUGCACAUACGGUUAGUUUUACUACUCGUCUCAGACUGAAGGAACAAAGUCUGAAAAACAAAUGGAAGGACAUGUCAAUGCAUAUUAAUAUAUAAGAACCACACUUAUCAUUACACUAUCUGUCAAAUGAGCUGUUCUGUAAUAAACCACCAUGUUUGUAACAUGGUCUAAGGAUUUUGCACAACUGUAAUGUUUUCCUGCUACUCAUAUUCCGGAACAAUCACAGCAUUUUACAAAUCUUAAAAAAAAAAACUGGCUUUACAUUGCAUACACAGAAAGCUUGUGGUCUUUAAUAUAAGAUAUCUGUAGAUGUAUCUUAAGAUAUCUAACGAUGUUACAUGGUACUUUAUUCAUUCUUUGAUACUAUGGAUUGUGAUACAUAAUAUGUCAAGAUGUGUUUAUCAGUAUUAGUAUCAUCAUGUAUAGCUUUUUUUUGUAAAAGCCUGAAUAAAAUACAGAUGACGGGGGUGAUGCAUCAGUCA